AUGGAGUUGGACAGAAUAAGCAACUUACCAAGUAAUGUUACACAACAAAUUUUGUCAUAUUUGCCGAUCAAGGAUGCAGGGAAGACAAGUAUGUUAUCAAAAGACUGGAGGUUCAAAUGGGCUAUGCUUCCUUCUCUUGUUUUUGAUCAUGAAAUAGAUGACGUGGACAGUGUGGAUCACGUUCUCUUACUUCACCCUGGUCCCAUAUUCUCUUUCAAGCUUUCUGCACAAAACAUUAUGGACAAAAGUGCUAUUAACCGAUGGAUUCGUCAUCUAUCAAGACAACCUAUCAGACAGUUCAUACUGAAAGGGUGUUAUAAUUUUUAUAGUAAUAGGCGACCUUACGAUGUAUCUUCCUCUUUGUUUUCUUGUCAAGAUUUGACUCAUUUAGAGUUAAGCGAUUGUUCGCUAAGACUCCCGUGGACUUUCAAUGGCUUCAGGAUGUUGAGGACCCUUAAUAUUAAGAGAGUUACUGUGGCCCGAGAUGAAUUGGAAAAGAUGAUUGUUUGUAGUCCUUUGCUUGAGAGAUUAACUCUACGUGACUUACAGGGUAUCACCCGUCUCAAGAUUCACGCACCAAAUCUCCAAUUCCUUAAAGUUCGAGGAGAUUUUGAAGAUGUUGAACUUACGAAUACCUUGAAUCUUGUUCAUGUUUCACUUGACCGAAAUAGGGCUCAUUGGAGAGGGGACAGACUGCUCAACUCUUGUGUUAAGUUGCCUUAUAUCAAAAGGCUCACAAUUGAGGGUUGCAUUUUAGAGUCUGCUACUGGUUCCUUGCCGAAGGAGCUGCGUAGACCAUGUCUAUAUCUGAACUUUCUUUCUAUAAACAUACGCUUGAAUAACUUGGAGGAGAUUUCAACUGUUAUGUGCCUUCUCAGAAGCUCACCUGCUCUGCAGGAACUAGAAAUUUCAGUUCGCCAACAAUAUGAGGAGGCUACUACCGCUAGAGAAGCAACUCCUUGGUUAAAUGACAACCAGAAUUGGGAAUUCAGCAAACUGCAACGUGUGAAAGUAACCGGCUUCUCUGGUGCCCAAGCUGAAGUAGACUUCAUCAAAUUUCUGUUUUUAAGCUCCCCUGCUCUCCAAGAACUAGAAGUUUCAGUUUACCAAAAAGACGAGACUGUUGUAGGAGAAGUGGACUAUUCUUGGUUAAAUAACGACCAAAAUUUUGCACACACCCAACUGCGACUUUUGAAAGUAACCGACUUUUGUGGUGAAGUAGAAUUCAUCAAGUUUCUGCUUUUAAGCUCCCCUGCUCUUCAAGAACUACAUAUUUUGUUUAGAGAGAAUGAUCAUAAGAACAAGAUAAGAAACAAGUGGUUAGACGAUGCUGCUAUGGGAGAUGAGGACAACCGGAAUUGCACAUUCACCCAACUUCGAGUUAUGAACAUUAGUGGCUUUUUUGGUGCCAAAGCUGAAGUAGGUUUCAUCAGAUUUUUGCUUACAAGUUCACCUAUGCUUGAGAGGAUAACUCUUCAACCUGCUUCUGCCAAAGUUCCUUGGGAAGUAAGUAAGCUGUUGAACGAGUUCAAGUCCAACUCGGUACAUACAAAUUUGAAGUUGUUGGACCCAUUAAAUCCUUCUGCUGACUACCACUCCCGAGGCUCUAGAUGUAGAACCCCACUUUGUUCUGACUACUCCUGUUAUGAUUGA